AUGAAUAAUAUCUUGUCAUGGUUCUUUCCAACAACGCCGUCACCUAGAACAUUAGUUAUUGAUCUUCCAACAAUGCGUCCAACUUUUACAACAAGACAAUUUUCCACAACAUUCUUUACGACAUUAAUGUUAAAUUCUUUUAAACAAAAUGAUACUGAUCAUCAUUUUACAAUUCCUGAAACCGAUCUAUUCAAUACUUCAACAACAACAACAACAACAACAACAACAACAACGACGACGACUACUACUAGUAGUACUACGAAAUCGAUUCUUUACAAUGCAUUCUACGGAAAUGAGAAUGAUCGACAUGACAAAGAUGACAAUCAAUAUUAUCAACACACUGAUAUCAUGACAACAAUAUCUACUGGUGCUGAUCAAUUAAAUUCAGCUGCUUGUCAAACGGUUUCGUUAAAUUUAUAUCCACCAAGUUAUAUUGAUCUGUAUCCUAAUACAUAA